AUGGUCCCUGACGCUCGUGCUGCUUCGCCACAAAUGUCUGCGCACAUGAGGGCCCAGAAGACGAGGUUGGAUUGCAAGGACCGCCGAGGAACUCGGCACUUGACUGUUGUCGUGUGGCUGGUGACGAUCGGGGGGAACCUGCAGAAGCCAGUGAUCAGCUUCUUCUACCUGAAGUUGUCGAUGUCAGCGAUUGAGAUAGGAAGGGUCGGCUUUAUCGUCAUGCUGGUCGUCCUGCUAGGCAGUCCAGUCUAUGGCUAUCUCAUGGAUCGCCGGAGCGCGUUCUUGGCCGUUCUACUCUCACUCUCCAUGUGCGGAGUCGGAUGCUUUCUCCGCGGUAUCGCGACCGAUGUCAACAUGGUCUACCUUGCAGCAUUCAUCCUUGGCCUUGGCUCCUAUUCCUUCGAGACCAUGGCGCUAGCAGCGCUCUCAAGGUUUGCGUCUGCAGAUUUCAGAUAUCGUAUUGCCAUGGGAUUGUGCAUUGCUCCUUGUCUUGUUGGCUUUCUUUGGCUGCUCGGCCAGCGCGAGAAAUUCGUGUCUUUGGAGCGAGAGAUGGGGAAGAUGGAGCAGAGCAGCAACGAAGAAGCUUCAGAAGAAGAUCCUCCGAACCCUCAGGAGCAAAGGAAUUCUUUCAUGGAUAUCUUCGACACGAAGAGACCGUCCGAGCGGGACUGGUCACGAUUUUUCCUCCUCUCCUGCAUCCUCCUCUUCAACUCCUUCACGUCAACGACACUCCUAACUUUGUGGCCUUUGUUUGUCAACUUCCACUUCAAGUGGGACGACAACCAAUACUCUUUCAUGCUCCUCCUGUCAAGCCUGGUCUCUGCCGUCUGUCUUCUUCUCGGGCCCAAAUUUGAAGAAUCUUUCGGAAGCCUUCAAACUCGAAUGGUCGUGAGUGUACUGGGGGGAUUCUUGUCGAUUAUUUCAUUCAGCAUGCAACAGAACACAACACAAUCGAUCACGAUCCAUGUCAUUUCAACUAUUUUGCUCAUUGGCUGCUGUACAUUUCUCGACGCAGCGAUACAGUCUGCUGCGUCUCUCUGUCUCGGCAUCUCCCUGCAUGGCCGUCAGUUCGGCAUCCUUGCAACCUUCAACGGGAUGGGCAAUAUCCUUGCCAACCUCCUCAGCGCCUUCCUCUACCAAGCGAGCUUGGACUCCGAGUUCGGGUUCGGAGCUGGAGGGGCCCUCCCUCUCUUCAUCGCUGGCAUGCUGAUGCUUGCUAACGUUGUCCUGCUGGUCCUUGCUGAGAUGCUCAAGUCUCCGACUGCUGGAGAUGCUGUCGUAUCAGAGCAAGGGGACCAGAGGCGUGUGGGUCGGCAGAUCAAGGGUUGUGAAGUUGCAGAAGCAAGGGAGUGA